AUGGAAACGGGGAGCGCAGCGAGGACAAAUGGUACCACUGGGAAGCCAGAGGAUGUGAAGAGUCCAUCUGCCCCCAAAAAAGAAGAAGAAGUGAAGAAGACCACAAACCCCGGUGGAGGUGAAAAGGAAGCUAUGAAGAGCACUGGUGGUGCUUCUUUGGAGACAGGGCAAAUCAAGAGCUCCCUCUUCUCUGGGAGUGACUGGAAGAGGCCCAUCAUUCAGUUUGUGGAGUCAUCCGAUGAGAAGAGAUCGACCUACUUCAGCAUGGAUUCGGCAGAUUCAAAGAAGAUGCAAUAUGCCAGUGGACAGAUAGGAGACAUGAGGAGACCACCCCUCUCCUUUGCAGAGAAAGGCGAUCUCAGGAAGCCCCUCUUCUCCUUGGAUUCCAAAAAAAGCUUCCUGCCUAGUGAAGGGGAAGGGAGGAAGUCGUUGUUCUCUGGGGGGCAGAUGGGGGACCUGAAGAAAAGUUCCCUCCCUCUCGUGGAGACAGGAGACCUGAGAAGAUCCACCUUCAACAAGCCUGACAGAGCAGCUGGGUCACGGCCCAGGGUGAAGCUCGAGGAUGUUCUGUGUGAUUCCUGCAUCGAUAACAAGCAAAAGGCCGUGAAGUCCUGCUUGGUGUGCCAGGCUUCCUUCUGUGAGCUGCACCUCAAGCCCCAUCUGGAGGGAGCAGCUUUCCGGGACCACCAGCUCCUGGACCCCAUCAGGGACUUUGAAGCAAGAAAAUGCCCUGUGCAUGGGAAGACCAUGGAGCUGUUCUGUCAGACAGACCAGAUGUGCAUCUGCUACCUCUGCAUGUUCCAGGAGCACAAGAACCACAGCACAGUGACAGUGGAGAUCGAGAAAGCGGGAAAAGAGGCUGAGCUUUCCCUGCAGAAAGAACAACUGCAGCUGAAGAUCAUUGAGGUAGAAGAUGAAAUGGAUAAGUGGCAGAAGGAGAGGGACCGUAUCAAGAACUACACCACCAACGAGAAAGCCACAGUGGACCAGCAUUUCAAAGAGCUGAUCCGCGACCUGGAAAGGCAGAGGGAUGAAGUGAAGGCUGCCCUGGACCAGAGGGAAAAGAUUGCAUCAGAGAAUGUAAAAGAAAUCGUGGAUGAGCUGGAAGAGAGGGCAAAGCUUCUGCGGGAGGACAAGGAGAACAGGGAGCAGAUCCACCAGAUCAGUGACUCUGUGCUCUUCCUGCAGGAGUUUGGGGCUUUGAUGCGGAAUUACGUCCCCCCUCCAUCCCUCCCAACAUACAGUGUGCUGCUUGAAGGGGAGAGCAUGAGCCCAUCUAUGGGACUCCUCAGAGAUGACCUCCUAAACGUCUGCAUGAGGCAUGUGGAGAAGAUCUGCAAGGCAGAUCUUGGCCGCAACUUCAUAGAGAGGAACCACAUGGAGAACGGUGACCACCGGUACAUGAUGAACAACUAUGAGUGGAACCAGCCUGACAAUCUGAAGAGAUUUUCCAUGUUCCUGUCUCCCAAAGCCAGUUUCAACCCACGAUCAUGGGAAUUUUCCUCCUUCCAAGCGACUGAGGAAACACUUGUAGGCAAUGGUACUAAGCUGCCUUUUCAGUUCUCCUCGGUGGGACAGAAUCCGCCUGGUGACUUCAGCAAACAGUCUGACGGGAGCCUCUUCACUAAGACCGCUUAUCCUUCAAUAGUGAGACAUCAGUCUGCAAAGGUGACGCCACAGACAUGGAAAUCCUCUAAGCAGUCUGUAUUGUCACAUUACCGCCCCUUUUACGUCAACAAAGGCAAUGGAGCCACCUCCAACGAGGCACCUUGA